CUGUCCCACAGUAUACAUAGUCGAAAAUCGUAGCUUCGACACGUUUAUUAUCGUGAUUUUGUCUGUCGUGUUUUUGUCCCGGUGUAGUGUCACACUUGCCAAUAAAGUUUCUUUUUUAAAAAAAAAAAAUGCAUCGCUUUAUGAUGACGUAUUUUUAGGGGGACGGACGAAGGGAGGGCGGUUUGAAUGCAAAAAGGCAAACAUGGUUAAAGUAAGUCGAAUUAACUGAUAUGACCGAAGCGAGUGUUCACCGCCGGUAAGGCUCGUUAUCAGCUGCUAGCGGAGGCCGACGGUCGAUGUGUUGGUGCGUUUUUCACGGGACUUCGCUGACGUUAAACACGCUUGGUACGUUAGCUAGCUAGCCGCUUGCCGUUAACUUUUCCCUCUGCUAAAUGGUGUCCGGGUACCACAAAGUUUCGUCCCCGUAGCCUGGCGUAACGCAUUUAAAAUGGCGAGUGUGCAUGAAAGUUUGUAUUUCAACCCUAUGAUGACGAACGGAGUCGUCCAUGCUAACGUGUUCGGCAUCAAAGACUGGGUGACUCCGUAUAAAAUCUCCGUCCUGGCGCUGCUGUACGAGAUGACGGCGUCCAAGAUCACACUGCCGGAGAGAAGACGACUUAACAAGCUCAUCCUCCCCCUGCAGCAGGGUCCAGACUUGACUCUCGGCCAGUUCCUGAAGACUGUGGAGGAGUGCUGCCCUCAGACUGCCUAUGCUGUCAAACUCAGGCUGCAUGAAAUGGCAGAUGGAGAGCUGAAAGACAUGGAGUACUUCUUCUCGACUCUUCCUACCCCGUUCACGGCUUUCGAUUCGGAGGCCUAUAAAACCAGUGUUGUGGGUCUUUUUAUGAGACACAUGCUUCUGGCCUACAACAAGCUGUCGUUCAGUCAGGUCUACAAGCUGUACAAGUCCCUGCAGCACUACUACCACAGUCACUACGCCAAGCCUACAGAUGGGCAGGUGGGUCUGCCAGCGCUGGUCGCCGAUGACUCCGACAUGGACCUGACCAGCACUGAGGACACCGUAGGGGACAGGAUAGACAAAGAGGAGUUGGACACUCCACUGCAUGAGUCGGAGCUCCGGAAAGACAACACUCCAAGCAGGGGUCCCCUGUCUCAAAAACAAGCAGAAUACUUUCUUGCGAGACAGGCGUAUCUUCUGAAGAAUGACGAGAACAAAGCUCUGAAGCCCACGGCGCUGCAGGAAGAGCUCAACAACAUGCUGAAGUUUAAUCCAGACUUUGCUGAAGCGCAUUACCUAAACUACCUGAACAGCAUGAGAGUCCAGGACAUCUUCCUCUCCGCUCACAGUCUCUUACAUUACUUUGACCGGCUCAUCUUGUCCGGAAAUGAGGGAAAGAGCAACGGGGACGAGGGCUACGGCCGAAGUCUGCGCUACGCUGCUCUGAACUUGGCGAGCCUGCACUGUCGCUUCGGCCACUAUCAGCAGGCUGAUCUGGCUCUGCAGGAGGCCAUCCGCAUCGCCCAGGAGUCCAACGAUCACGUGUGCUUGCAGCACUGUCUGAGUUGGCUCUACACGCUGGAGCAGAUGAGGGGAUCUGACAGCACUGUGUUAACUGAGGAUUCAGUGAAAAUGGCCGCCCAUUUCUGUCUGCCGUAUUUGGCAUCUCUGGGCAUCCAGUCUUUGGUCCAGCAGGGGGCGAUGCAGGGUAAGACAGCCCACAAGCUGAUGGACGCGUUAAAGGACACGGACAUCCUGCACUGGAAGCACAGUCUGUCUGAGCUGAUCGAGAUCAGCCUGGCUCAGACCACGUCCAUAUGGAGGAUGUAUGGCAAGAGCACCAUGGCUCUGCAGCAGGCCCAGCUGCUUCUCAACAUGAGCAGCCUGGAGCCGGUUAACUUCGGGGUCCAGCAGAACAACACCGAGGCGUUCGCUGUGGCGCUCUGCCACCUGGCCGAGCUGCACGCUGAGCAGGGCUUGUACAGUGCAGUUUCAGAGAUUCUCCAGCAUCUGAAAGAACAGUUUCCUCCUCACUCACAGCACGCCAAGCUGUGGAUGCUGUGCGACCUGAAAAUUCAGUUUGAGAGGCAUAUGAACGAAGGGAAAUACCAUCUGGCAGAGCCACUGGUCACAGCGAUCUCUGCCUUAAACAAAACUGAAGGUCUCUACAGGAAAGCUCAAGUGCUGAAGGCUCUGAGCCGCAGCACGGAGGCGUACAGCAUCUUACAGCGGCUGCAGGUGCACUGUGAGAAGACUAAGUCCACCGAGUUGGUCAUCAGAGUCCUGCUGUCCACCGCUGAGCUCCACUGGGAGUCCUCGGGCUUCUCCACUGCUCUGCCUCUGCUCCUGCAGGCCUUGGCUCUGGCCAAACAGCACCACCUGCAGUCCCUGGCCUCAGAGACCAUCCUUCAUCUGGUCUUCACUCAGCUGAUGUUGGGGGUUCCUGAGCAGGCUCUGAGCGUCCUGCAUGAGGCCAUCGAGCCUGUCCUGGCCCAUGGCUCAGUCAUGGACAAAGGCCGAGCCCUGCUGCUGACAGCCUGCUGUCAGAUGGCGGUGGCUGGGCGCAGGCCAAACAGGCAAGAACAAGCAGCAGAGUUGGUGCUUUUGGCUGUUGACACGGUAAAGGAGGCCGCAGCUUAUUUUUUGAAGCUGAACUGUAAAGAGCGGCUGCGGGACGUCCACUACCUGCAGGCUCAGCUGCACCACUUGCUGGGACAAACAUCGCAGUGCCACAAAAGUGCCAUGCUGUUCAGGCUGCUGGACCAGGAGCUGCAGUCCCCAGCACCGACCGUCUCCAUGCGGCUCUGACAGCAGGCUGGAGUCAUGUGGACACGACGCCUCCUCCGAGUGCUGAGUCACUGCUGCUUGCCACUAGAUGGCGGUGAAGAUCUGUCCUGCUCUGUUAACACUGAAGCAUGAGAGCUACCAGAUAAUAAAGGGUCAUUUGUCUCGUUCGCUUGUGGUCAGGCACAGGUUAGAAUGAUGGCCGGAUGAUAAAAAUAACAUGAGGUUUAACAGGCUCCACCACAGCACAGCACAGCACAGGUGCACCAGACAGGUACAACAUGCCAGCAGACAGUGUGGGAGAAACGUCCAGAGUUUAUCAGGAGCCGUCGCAGCCGAGCUGAUUUACCUGCCGCGUUUUGAUGAAUGAGGGUAAUAUCACAGUUAGCUACAAGACGAAUGUGUUGCAGCGGCCCGGAUGAUUCAUGCGCCACCAGGAGAAUACUGAUGAAGCCGGGAUCCGGAGGGGGAGACUGUGAAUCACAUUUAUAAUGCAAUAGACCCACGAUGACACCACGGCAGAUACUGUAUCUGUAUUCCACUUACACGAUUUGUGAGAACAAUUUGAGCUGAUAACGUUACAUUAAAGUGUCGUGACGGGCCUGCGAUCCAUUACCCGCUGCACGUCUUCAAGAAAACAAACGACUGGUUUCAUCAUAGUCUCAGUUAAGCUGACACAAGUGUGGGAAUAAUUGUGAGAGGAAUUUAUUAAAAAGUUUGAAUGUCUCUGA